UGAGUCCGCUUGUUGUGAUUUUUACAAUUUAACUGGAGACAUCGAAGACUGCCGCACAGCAGUGUUGACACAAAUAACGUUAACGUUACAUACAGAGCUAGCACAGUAGGCGGAAGUGGGUUAGGGUGUGUGCUCUUAGUUGGUUAACGUGAAAUGUAGCUCUUUUUUUUUUAAGUUUGGUCAUUUUUUAAUUCCUCAUUGCCACUAAGAGUUACACUUACCAACGCUCUGGAAAAAGUGGCCUAUCUACUAGUAUUUCAUGUUUGCUUUGUGAUGUUCACAUGGACCUACUCGAAGUCAAUAUUUACUCCUCCUGCAUCACCAUGCAAAAAGUUCCAGCUGUCAUACUCAGACAAGCAAAGAUACGAGAUGGAAGAGAGGCCAGAUGCUCAAAAACAAAUCCUGGUUGAAAUUGCAAAGAAACUGCCCAUCUUUAGUCGAGCUCAAUCUGGAGCUAUCAGGUUCUGCGACCGCUGCCAGGUACUGAAGCCUGACCGCUGUCACCACUGCUCGGUUUGUGAAACAUGUGUCUUGAAGAUGGACCAUCACUGUCCCUGGGUAAACAACUGUGUGGGCUUUUCCAACUACAAGUUUUUCCUGCUUUUCCUCUCCUACUCCAUGCUGUACUGUGUAUUCAUUGCAGCAACAGUCUUUCAGUAUUUCCUCAAAUUCUGGGUGGGGGACUUGCCAAAUGGGCCCGCAAAGUUCCAUGUCCUCUUCCUCAUGUUUGUGGCGCUCAUGUUCUUCGUCAGUCUCAUGUUCCUCUUUGGCUACCACUGUUGGUUGGUGGCCAAGAACCGAUCCACUUUAGAGGCCUUUUCAGCUCCAGUUUUUGUCAGUGGACCAGACAGAAAUGGCUUCAAUGUCGGCAUACUCAGAAACCUACAGCAGGUAUUUGGAGAGGAUCGGAGGCUGUGGUUCAUCCCUGUUUUCACAAGCCAAGGGAAUGGCCACUACUUCCCCUUGAAGAAUCGGAGUUCUGAAUCCCACAACCCCUUAUUAGCUAAUGAGGACAUGUGGGAGGAGUCAGAUGAUGGCUCUGAGGAGGGAAGCUUGGUUGAGGACCAAGACCCAUCUGUUACCAUUGAGAUGGAAGAAUAGUAACCAAAUGUAAGGACAAUCUACACUGGUACAGAGGAUGUAGAUUAAUAUCGCACACACUGUGUACCACAAACGCAAAUGCUUUCCAAAUCAUGUGGAUGUUCAGACACUCUGAAAGAAAAUUCUGAAUGGGGCCAAACGUGUGGAUUAAAACCUACAAUUAGAAUGACGUUGGAUUGUCAUUGCCACUUUUACCCGUGUGUUUUACAUAAUGAU